AUGGGCAUGUUGGAGUUGAAGAUGACAGGCCACAGAUACACUUGGGGUAAUAGAAGAGAUGGGGAGGGUUUUGUCCAGGAGAAGCUUGACAAAAUUUUCAGCUCAUUAGAAUGGCACUCUAUUUACCCUACAGCUAAAGUUGCUCACAUUCACAGAAGUUCUUCUGACCAUGGGUUGCUCCUCAUUACCCUAGAGCCCAGAGGGGUCAAAAUUAAGAAAAGAUUCUACUUCGAUAGAAGGUGGUUGGCUAGAGAAGGUAUCAGAGAAGUAGUGGCAGAGGCUUGGGGCAAACAACAAGAUGGCACACCGAUGUUCAGAUUUCAAGAAAAAGUUAAAGAAACAAGGGUGAGUCUUCUUAAGUGGAGCAGAAAUUUUUGA